GAGCCAUCAGCGGAGCGCGCUCCGGUAAAGAGCGCAGAGACGGAGCGAGCCCGACUCCUUCAGACCCGCUUUGACGUCGCCAUAGAGACCGAGCUGACCAAUCGAGACGAGCGUCGGGGAAAGUCACGUGGGCCGAGUGCGUAGCCGAUUGGAGGGCGGCGGCGUCAAAAAAAGAAAAGGCGAAGUUUCGGGGAAGUUUUAUAGGUGGGAGCGGCGCGAGGCCGAGGGGGAGUGGAGCGGAGGGGCCACGGAGCAGCAGCGGAGAGGAGCGGCGUGUGUUUCGGAGUUUUAUGGCCCCUUUACCGUCCACCAUGAGCUCCGUGCAAGGACCACUUCUCCAGGACGGCGGGGAGGAGACGCAGGCCAGCGACAGAAACGCGGCGAGGGGAUGUAAGAGCAAGGCGCUGAGCCUGCCUUUCAGCGUGGAGGCGCUCAUAUCAGACAGGGGCACCUCCAGGACUUCAUAUCCCGCAGCUGAGCCCGGCGGGACAACCCCUGCGCCCGGGGCCGAGGAGCGCCUGCGACUCUCCCCCUCAACUCUGUACGCGGAGAGGAAAGAGGCGCUGGAGAGCGGGACAAACCCAGGAAAAAGAGGAGGCGCUGAGGAGCGCGAGGAGAAGACACGAGGAGGCUGGUUUCAGAGCCCUCCGUACACUUCCCCGCCAAGACACUCCAGUCCGUCUCCUUGCGCACUCAGGAAGCACAAGAACAACCGCAAGCCGCGGACUCCGUUCACCACGGCCCAACUGCUGGCGCUCGAGCGCAAGUUCCGUCAGAAGCAGUACUUGUCCAUCGCGGAGCGCGCGGAGUUCUCCAGUUCGCUCAACCUCACUGAAACGCAGGUCAAGAUCUGGUUCCAGAACCGAAGGGCCAAGGCUAAGAGACUGCAGGAGGCCGAGCUGGAGAAGCUCAAGCUGGCGGCCAAGCCCGUGCUGCCGGCGCUCGCGCUCCCCUUCCCGCUGGCGGCGGGAGCGCACCCGGGCUCUCCGGGCCUGUACGGCCACGCGGCCGCCUUCCCGCGGCCCGCACUGCCCCUGCCCGGACUGUUCGGUGGACCUGUGACCUACGGGAUGUACUAUCUGUCCUAACUGAGCGCAUCACUACGAGACUGCUGUGCUGAAUGUGUGUUUCCUGUCCAAAAAAUGGACGAACUCUCCUAAAGUUACACAGGCCUAUAACAAAACGGCGCGAGGCUAUAAUGCAGUGCAGAAACGCGCUUUCAGGACUCGGUGCACUGCUGAUCCCUUUAAAAACCACCCAACCUGUUGCUUAUAUAACGCAACAAGAACAGAGCCUGAUUUCAACGGUCACAUGUGCUGGUGGUAAUAAUACAAUAAGCCCCAUCUCUAAAUGUCCGCGGACAAACGCGUGCAGGAACUGACCGUGUCAGAGGAAGAGGGUCCGUUUUAAUCGGGCAGUUUAGUAAACUGCAGCCCCGCAUUUACACCAUACAAAAUUAAGUGGAAAAAACAAAUAAUGACAAGCUGAUCAGAAAGAGCCUGGCUCUAAAAACAGGUGUGUUAAAAAACAACACGGUGUCCCUGACUAGACACACCAGCGCGUUCAGUCGCGUUUCGAGUUAUUUUCAACACACAAUAUGUUGAAAUAUUUCUGCGCCCACUUUCGGGUAACACGCUUUUAACACAGAACGAGUCAAAUCAGAAAACACUGACAACAAACGGGUGAAACAAGACAGCGUGUUGUUCUUUAACACAUCCAUGACCCUCAGCUCGCGCUCAUCCGCGCUGUUGUUCUUAUGACCACACUGAGAACCGUCACACACACACACUCUUCUGUGUAAACCUGCAGGAAACAAGUGAUGAGAAAUCUAAAUCCUGAGCCUUGUCUUUUUUUCAUUGGACACUCUUAAGGCUUGGUUGGAUUUAAGUCACCCCAGCCUGAUGCUUUCACUGGGUUUGGUUUAGCCUGGGCGUCUUUAGGCUCCAUGUACCGCGCUUUAGUACGAUAGACUGUAAAAUAACCUCUAGAUUUUUUUAUUAUUGUAAAUAAGCGUAUAUAUUAGCAUCCAGCUAUUUUCAACCACCUUUAAAAUUACGAAUAGAAUUGCUGAUAUUUAUACAUUGUGUUUACAUUUAUCUUCUGUAAAUUAUUGUAUAUACUUGUACAUAAAAAUUAGAAAAAAUAAUCUUUUGUAUUGAAAAAUAAAUUUGGAACAAGUGAACUGUGUGUCGUUUUUCUGCAGGUUAUUUUUAGACGCAUCAGGAUGGACUGUGUUCUUAAACACGGUUAAAAAGAGAAGUGUUAAAAAACAACACAUUCUGCCUCUAAGGAGACGGAUUUUGAGUUACUUUUGACACAAUGUGUUGAAGUAUUUCUAAACCCACUUACAGAAAACACUGCGUUAUUUCUAAUACAGAAUUUGUAAAAUCAGAAAAAAAAUAUAAGACAAAAAGUGUUAAAACGGGUGAACCAAGUAAGUGUGUUAUUAUUUAAGGCAUCACUUAUAGAUUGGAGGGUUAAUCUCUGACCUGGUCUUUUGAAUCAUUUGAAUCAUUUAAACUACAUUCGUUUGUAUUACACUGCACUGCACUGUUAAUCAGCGUAAAUCUAACCCAUCACAAUCCUACAACAGUUCUACUGACUUCUGAGCUGAAAAGCAAAAUUCAUGUAGGUUUAGGAUUUUAAAUAAAUUAAGUUCUGCUCAAAAUGUAAACUUAUUCACACCAACUUUGUUAGUAUUCAUUAGAUCUUGAAAUAUGACUGUUCAGAAUAAACUCAAUUUGGAUGAAAUUUACAUCAUGUUUAAAUCAUUUGAACCUGCUCUGAAA